GUGGGUUUUGGGGGAACUGGAGUAUUUAUUUUGAGGUGUUUUGUUUAGUGUGGAUCGCAGGAGAGGAGAGAUGGACUGGCGGUGGACAGUUUUCACACUGUUUUUGAACUUUCAGUUCACUUACGGGUCUCCCUCCUCCUAUGACUUGUUCCAAGGGUCUGCAUACACUGGAGUGGUACACAGACACAGGAACAGGAACUGGUGCGCCUAUGUGGUGCGCAGGAACGUGAGCUGCUCCGUGCAGGGCAGUGUGCAGAUCUUCCAGGAGCCCGUGGUGGCCCCCUGCCCAGCCUACCAGCCCGACUGCCAGCAACAAGUGACAUUCCAAAAUCGGUUUCGACCUACGUACAAGAUUGCCUUCAAGACAGUCACAGAGUUGGAGUGGAGAUGCUGUCCUGGUUACCAAGGUCUUGACUGCAAAGAUUUAAAACCACCUCCAUACCGACAAACUGUUCAGGGAACACAGCCUUACCUCCCACCAAAUCCUGGAUAUGCAACCAGACACACACAGAGGCCAGAGCGGAGAGAGACAGGGCACCAUGAGACGAGGCAUGGCGGGAUCGAUAAGGUGCAUCUUCUCGAAGGUGAAGUUCAGCGCCUGUCUCAGACAGUCCUGGAUCUCCAGUCCGCUUUGGCAGGGUUAACUGCCAACCUCCGCACAGAUCUGCAGGAAGACACAAAGAAGAUACUGGUGACACUUCUCAACAACAUGCGUCCACCAGACAGCGCUUCGGCUGCAGGCACAGAGGAGAGCCCGGCAGUGCUGGAUGGUCAUCAGGCUACCAGAGGUGGGAUUGCUGGAGACAAUGCUAUAGAAAAGAUAGUGACCCGGUUGGAUGAUAUUAACAGUCAGCUAAAAAGCAAGGAUGAAGCUUUAGAAGACCUAAGAGGAACCAUGACAAGUCAUGAGGGGCAGAUCCGCGUCCUGAUGGAUGCCUCUCAAGCUCAGACUCCAGCCAUAGCAGAGUUUGAAGUUAUACAGACAUAUGUUGAUGGAAAGUUUGACAAACUAAAGAAGGAGCUAGACCAGAACGUUGAGGAACAGAUGGCCAAGCUGCAAAGCUCAUGCAACGACAAGGUCAAGACCUGUGAAGACAGCUGGGAUCAAGGUGUGGUCAGCCUGACCAAGCUGGUGGACGUCAAGGAGGCUGAACUGAGAAAGGAGAUCCGGGCACUGCGUCUGGACAUGGCUGCAGCAGAUGGACCUAUACGAACUCAAAGGCAGACUGAUCCAUCCAAAGCGGAGGAGGACCAUAGCGACCACAAAGACCUGUGGCGUGAGAUCUACCGUAUUGCAGAUGCUCACCGCAUCCUGAAUGUCCGCAUUGACAACGAGCUGGCACACCUGUCCGCACCUCAAGAAGACAACGAUUUCAGCAUGAUGAUCGAAGAGCUGGAGGCACGCAUUAACAUCACGGAGCAAAAUGCAGAGACUCACUGUUUCUACAUCGAAGAGAAGCUGACCCGAACGAUUUCGGACGAAGUGGCAGCACUCCGGAAGCUUCUGGACGAGCGUCUGGACAGCAUGGAGGACCAGUUUACCAACGUGCUGGUGGAAAUGAGCAACAGCUCCUUCCCAGGGAUGUUUAGUGAAUCCAUGGAUGCCAUCCAGACAGAAGUCAACAACAACAAGUUCCUCCUUCAAGGUUUGGAUGAUAAGGUCAAUGCUGUUGGAGAGUUGUGCUCUGCAGGAUGUUCAGGCUCAGGAAUAGGUGUAGGCGCAGUGAGUUCCUCUCCCACACCUAAAGGUCUAGAAGGUAUUCUGAAGGACCUGAGUCGGUAUAGGAACGAUUUGGACAUUCUCCACACAGAUGUCAGUGCCAACACGGUCAAGCUCAGGCAACUGGAAGAUCUGGUUGAACGGCAGUCAGUCGCAAAUGAGAGACGUGUGCAGACGAUGGAUGACUUCCAGAAGGGAUUGAUUAAUCUCCAAGAUAAUGUGCUCGGUCUGGCUGGUGCUGUUACUGGGUUGAGUGACUCCUUAGGCAAAUACAACCAGGAUAUGGAAAGAAUAAACUCGACAUGCUGCCAUGCAGAGCAGAGUGGCUUCGGGAGUCCAGCACGGGACAACUGGGCAGUACCCAGUCGCCAGGCUGAGGACACCAGACGUCAUGUGGAAGAGCUGAAGACCAGGCUUGAUACGCUCAGCAGGCAGGUGUCAUCUGAACUGAGUCAGUGUAAACAGAACACGCAGGGUGUCUCCGAGGGCAUUUCUGCCGUGGAUGGACGCGUGUCCAGACUUGAAAAGGUGUGUGGAAGGUUAGAUGGGGUUUCUGCCAACAUCAAAGAGCUCAAAGAAGGACUGGAGCGGCAUGUUGGCGGUCUGCGGGACUGCGUGUACAGGAUGAACGUCACCUGUGGAAAUCAUGGCGCGGACAUCAUCGCGCUGCAGAAUUCUGUGCAGAGGUUCCAGGCGCAGCUGUCCUCGAUGGCCAAACAUGUCUUGAAAGAUGUCGCCGCCAAAGAGCCAGGAAUGACCUUAAGACCAGAGAAGCCCGCUUCUUUGCCAGACUCCUCCAGAACCAGAAUCCAACAAAUCCACAUCCCUCUCAUCAUCCCACCGCGGCCUUCCAACCCCAGGCAGCCGCACAAUCCCUUCCAACCGCAGCAGCCCAACAUGCACACGAUAAAGAUCAGUCCGCCGAGCCAGCCGUCCAGCCCCCGGCAACCGGGCCACGCCACCAUCCCGCUGGUUCCCGUGAGGCCGGUGGUGGAGACGGGCGAGGCGGGACCUCCAGGGUACAGCCGCAGGGUGACUGUGAGGAGAGGCUCUGAGGACUUGUCCAGAAUGCCUGUCGAAGGAUUCGCAGGAGCUCCAGGCUAUCCUCCUCUGCAGCGUGUGUCUUUCAAGCUUCAAUCAACCAGCCGCCAAGUUCCCGUAGCAGCGAAGAUGGCCUGGAACCCCGGGUUUCGCGCUCCAACUGAAUCAGCAGCUCCUGUAGACAUCAACACAGAUCCCUUCUCCUUCUCCGCCGGCCUCACAGUGCAGCCGCUCUCCCAAGAAUAUGGCUUCAUCCUCUUCAACCAAGUUGUAGUCAACGAUGGGGGACACUACAAUCCCUUCACAGGGAUCUUCACUGUACCUCAGGACGGCCGAUACCUGAUUUCAGGCGUGCUGACAGCAAAGCAGGGCGACCGCGUGGAGGCCCACCUGUCCGUGACCAACCGCAGCGUCCAGAAGCUGCAGAGCUCGGUGGGGCCUGUGGCCGGUCAACACGGCGGCUGCAGCUGUGGCGGCGGCGGAACGGCGUCCUUCAGUCAGAUCCUGUCCCUGCGUAAAAAUGACCGCGUGGGCCUGGUGAGGACCGGAGGCCAGCUGGCCACCACCGGGGCCAGAGAGAUCCUGUCCACCUUCAGCGCCAUCUUCCUGUACGACAAGAGAUAGCCGGA